CCCCCGCCCUAGCGGGCUCCCUUCCGCCUUCCCGGAGCGGAGCGGGGGCCGAGCCAGCGAAGGCGCUCCAUGAGCCGAGCGCCCAAGCCGGAGCGCAGCCGCGCCGCCGCCGCGCCGGAGGCAACAUGCGUGCAGGAACCCUCGUGCUGGUCGCCCUCUGCCUGGCCGCCGAUCCCGUGAAUGGGGGUGGGAAGAAAUUCUAUCACGGACCAUGCGGGGGUCGUGACUGCAGCGAGAGCUGUCAAUGCUUUCCAGAAAAGGGAGCAAGGGGUCGGCCAGGACCAAUUGGAAACCCAGGACAGAUGGGUGCUCCAGGAUUUACCGGACCUGAGGGCGUGAGAGGACAGAAGGGGGAGAAAGGGACUGCAGGAGUUCCAGGUGCAGCGGGACUGAAGGGCGAUAAGGGCCCAAUAGGAGUUCCUGGAUUCCAAGGAAUAUACGGCGUUCCUGGUCACCCUGGCCAACCGGGACCAAGGGGCCUUCCUGGCCUGGAUGGUUGUAACGGCACGACUGGGAGCCCCGGCAUCCCAGGAUUGGAUGGACGUCCUGGCGGGCCAGGCUUACCGGGUCGUCCGGGCGCCAAAGGUGCCAAGGGAGAGCCUGUUUAUGCCCAGGGAUCUUUAAAAGGAAUGACAGGAGAAAGAGGCCUUCCAGGAAUCGAUGGUGCUCCUGGCCCGAAAGGGUUCCCAGGUCUUCAGGGUCCUUCUGGCCCAGUUGGGCUUCCUGGCUUUCCGGGACUACCAGGUCCACCCGGGCCAGCAGGUCCUGUGGGUAACAGCGGCCUCGUUUUCCAGGGAGAAAAAGGAGCAAAAGGAGAUGUUGGACUUCCAGGCCCUCCCGGCCCUCCACCCUCCACCGGGAUAUUGGAAUUCCUGGGAUUUCCCAAAGGACAGCAAGGAGCAAAGGGCAUUCCUGGCCCCAGAGGACUUCCUGGUCCCCCGGGGUUCCCUGGUCCUCCGGGCAUUGAUGCUUUUGUGGAGAAAGGAGAAAAGGGUGUACCAGGCCUUCCAGGACCCAGGGGAGACCCAGGACUGAAGGGCACGGAUGGGAGCCCUGGCAGAGAGGGCCUGGAAGGAGACAGAGGAUUUCCUGGACAGCCUGGAUCACCUGGAGGAAAGGGUGACUUUGGUGCUAUCGGCCCACCAGGUCCUACAAUAGUGAUUGACAGAGAAGGUGCCGUGAUCUCAGGUCCUCCUGGGGAGCCGGGGACACCAGGAAUCCCUGGCUCCAGAGGUGAAAAAGGCAGUGUUGGCUCACCAGGUCUUGCCGGCCGACCAGGAAUUCCUUCACCCUUUCCAAGUCCCACAGGUCUGAUGGGAUUCCCAGGUGUCCCAGGACUUAAAGGUGACCGAGGAGACCCUGGUCAAGCAACAUUUGGAUUCCCUGGCCAACCUGGCAAAGAUGGGGCUCCAGGUUCGCCAGGGGCUCCAGGCUUACCUGGCCCAUCACGGACCAUAGAUACAGCAGGAGCAAUCUUUAGUGGAGAACCCGGAGAACCAGGAGUCCCUGGACCGAGAGGGCCACCAGGGAUCUUUGGUCCAAAAGGGUACAAAGGCGAAGGAGGCGAUUGUGCUUGUGACGGAGGAAUCGUCAGGGUUGGCUUGAAAGGGGAGCCAGGAGAGCCUGGCCUACCUGGAAGACCAGGAGAACUAGGCCUGAGAGGACCUUUGGGAGAGCCAGGAAGCAGUACACCUGGACCACCAGGCCCACCAGGCUCGUUUGGUCAGCCUGGACUUAUAGGCCUCAAGGGAGCGAAAGGAGAACCAUUGAUAGCCUCCGGCAGAGGAGCGCGAGGAGAUCCAGGGGACAUGGGCCCCAGGGGCCCUUCAGGUGUGCCAGGAAUUCCCGGUAGGGCUGGCACCCCCGGUUUGCAAGGUCCACCUGGUCCUCCGGGUGAUGGUGGACUUGGCUUCCCAGGGGAGAAAGGCUUGCCGGGGUUACCUGGUUCAAAGGGUCAGCGUGGAACAAGUGGUUUUCCCGGCAUUGCAUUACCAGGCCCAAAUGGAGCUCGUGGGCCUCCAGGUGAUCCCGGAAUCGAUGGGUUGUCAGGGCAGCCUGGUCCUCCAGGUCCUCCAGGUGAUUGCUGCUGCGGUGAGAAGGUUGGUAAUCGAGUCUUAGACCCUCUGGGAGGUGUAGUCCUACCAUGCGUAAUUCCUGGAGAGUUUGGUCCACCUGGGCUUCCGGGAUCCACAGGAUCUCCAGGUGCCAAGGGAAGGAGAGGGUUCCCAGGCAUCCCAGGGCAGCCGGGAUUAAAUGGUUUCAAAGGACAGCAAGGGACACCAGGACAAGCUGGGCUCCCAGGAAUGCCAGGCUUCUCUGGCAUCCGUGGAGAUCAAGGGCUGCAAGGACUUCCAGGGCUUGAUGGACCUGAUGGCUUUCAUGGGAAACCAGGUGCUCCUGGUUUGCCGGGUGCAAAGGGGCUGCCUGGUGAAGUGUUUGGGGCUGAAAGUGGACCUCCAGGGGAACAUGGGCGGCCCGGAUUGCCAGGAGAUAAAGGCGUUGCCGGGGAUUCUGGCCUGCCGGGACCGAAAGGUUUCGAUGGGAGGCCAGGUCUGCCAGGCAUUAAAGGAGGACGUGGUGAACAAGGACUUCCAGGCUUUGAUGGGCUUCCAGGCCCACCAGGACCUGCAGGCCCGUUCGGCAUCAAAGGAAAAGCAGGUCCAGUGGGAGCAAUCGGCUUACCAGGUUCUCCAGGCUGUCAAGGAACUCCCGGAGAAAAAGGCAGAGGUGGCGACGCGGGUCCACCAGGCCCUGCUGGGAUGAAGGGUUUCCCAGGCCUUGAUGGUCUGCCGGGACGUCCUGGAGAAAGAGGAUUCCCUGGACCAGCUGGCCUUUUGGGACCGGAUGGAAAUCCAGGUUUCCCUGGAUCCAAAGGGGAAAGGGGCUCAGCAGGCAUGCUUGGCUUCCCUGGCUUGCCAGGCCUCCCUGGAAUCCCGGGGGCAGAGGGGCUGAAAGGAGCUGCAGGGGCAGUGGGAAGAGAUGGCAGUCCUGGAUUUCCUGGACUCCAAGGCCUUAAAGGAGACAGGGGGAACCCUGGCGCCCCGGGGGCCCCUGUGUUCAGGCCUCCAGAGCUGGAACUCAGAUUCAAAGGAAACAAGGGUGAACCAGGAGCCCUCGGACCUGAUGGAUUUCCAGGAGCCAGAGGGGACAAGGGACUCCCUGGCAAGCCCGGACAGCCUGGUCUCCCUGGUAUACCUGGGUCACCAAGUCGAGAGAGAGGACGGACCGGAGAAGUCGGCUCUCCAGGCCCCCUGGGUUUUCCUGGCUUGUCAGGACAGAAAGGAGCUGCUGGCAUUGUUGGGUUUCCAGGGAUGCCCGGAGAAAGUGGUGCUCAGGGUCUACCUGGCUCACCUGGAUUCCCAGGGACCUCAGGACAGCGUGGUCCAAAAGGUGACCGAGGGGAAUCGAUUGGAAUCCCAGGUGCUGUCGGAGCUAAAGGAGAACGAGGAGGACCUGGGCGUCCAGGUGCAAGAGGCCUUGAAGGACCAAAGGGUGAUCCAGGAUUCCCCGGAAACAUUGGACAGUACGGACAGAAGGGUGCACCAGGGGACCUUGGUCAAAAAGGGCUUCCAGGCCUCCCUGCAGUCGCUGGUUCAAGAGGCAACCCAGGCCUUCCAGGUAGUCCUGGGCAGCGUGGCCCUCCAGGUUUUCCCGGGCUUCCAGGCACUUCGGGGCUGAAAGGCUUCCCAGGCUUCCCAGGUUUGAAUGGCCUGAACGGCUUGCCAGGAACAAAGGGACUCCCCGGCACACCAGGUCUGAGUGAAAGUGGACUUCCAGGCCCUGCAGGGUUGCCAGGCACCAAAGGCAAGCCGGGUGACUCGGGAUUCCAGAUUGGACCCCCAGGGUUUCCUGGACAGAAGGGACUCCCAGGAGAUGCAGGUCGUCCCGGAGCCUUUGGGCCACCUGGUUUGCAAGGACCUCCUGGCCUCUCCUUUCCAUCUCAAAUUCCUGGGAGACCAGGUGACGCUGGACGACCCGGGGAAGAUGGAAGGCCAGGUCCCCAGGGAGCCCCCGGGCCACGGGGACCCCCAGGCCCAGCCUUCGACCAAGGUGACACAGGGGUUCCAGGCUUCCCCGGUGUGCCUGGCUUGCCAGGCCUCAAAGGGGACACAGGCAUCCCUGGGCUAGCCGGAGUCCCAGGAGCAUCAGGAUUCAAAGGCAUCAGGGGCGACUCAGGCUUCAUGGGGAUGCCAGGUAAAGAUGGUCCUUCAGGUGAUCCAGGCUUCCCUGGCUUGAAAGGUGAAACAGGCUUUCAAGGUGAGCCUGGGCCACAAGGGAGUCCAGGCCUGACACAGAAGCCAGAAGACAUCAAGGUUCCCCCUGGCUUAGUUGGAAACCCUGGCUUUGACGGCAUCCCUGGUUCAGAUGGAGAACCUGGGCUCCUCGGACUGACUGGACAGCAAGGCCCUAAAGGGGUUGUGGGAAGGCCAGGCCAGAUGGGACCCAACGGUUUGCCGGGACCACCAGGUAUCAUAGGUGAUCCAGGGACACCAGGUAGCCCAGGACCCCAGGGAUAUGAAGGAUUGUCUGGGAAUCUGGGGCCCGCUGGUUUGCCUGGGAUGCCGGGCCGCAGCGUCAGCGUCGGGUACACCCUGGUGAAGCACAGUCAGUCGGAGCAGAUUCCGCCAUGCCCGGUCGGGAUGGUGAAGUUGUGGGAAGGGUACAGCCUGCUGUAUGUCGAGGGCCAGGAGAAGGCGCACAACCAGGAUCUUGGUUUUGCCGGUUCCUGCCUGCCCCGCUUCAGCACGAUGCCUUUUAUUUAUUGCAACAUCAACGAGGUGUGUUACUAUGCCAGCCGCAACGAUAAGUCUUACUGGCUUUCCACCACCGCUCCCAUCCCCAUGAUGCCCGUCAGCAGCUACCAGAUUGCACAGUACAUCAGUCGCUGCUCCGUGUGUGAAGCCCCUUCCCAGGCCGUGGCCAUCCACAGCCAGGACAUCACCAUCCCGCAGUGCCCGGAGGGCUGGCGCAGCCUUUGGAUUGGCUAUUCCUUCCUCAUGCACACGGCAGCUGGAGCUGAAGGAGGCGGACAGUCCCUGGUCUCCCCUGGUUCUUGCUUGGAGGAUUUCCGUGCCACUCCUUUCAUCGAAUGCAACGGCGCCCGAGGAACCUGCCACUACUUUUCAAACAAGUACAGCUUUUGGCUGACGACGGUGGAGCAGACGCAGCAGUUUCCAGACUUCCCCAUCUCUGAAACACUGAAAGCAGGACAGCUCCGGACUCGGGUGGGCCGGUGCCAAGUCUGCAUGAAGAACUUGUAGCAAAGGCCAGAAGCUGACAAAGGAACUUUGAGAUCUUGCUUGGCUGAAGACCAAGGAACGUGUAACCUUUCCCAAUUGUGCUAAUGAUGUUGGCCUCCACUCGGUGCCUCCCGGAGCCGUCUUCUCUGUAUCACAGAACAUGGUGCUAUAUUUCUUUCAUUCUCCUAUUCAUGGCUACCUCAGAAAGUCUUUCUCUUCCUUCCUCGCUGCCAUUUUUGUCCCCUCUUUAACAUGAUAAACAGAUUUUAAUAGGGUAAGUUUACUUUUGGAGAAAAUGCGCUUGUCAAGAACUUGGCCGUUAAGCAGUGACUGCAUUCACAUGUCUGCAUUAACAAUAUUAAUCGGUUUAGGUGACCCAUUUUUGCUUUAAAAGUACAAGCAUUUUAGAGUGUCACUGCUUGAUCACCUACAGCUGAUUCCGCUCACCUCAGGCGAGUAGCUGUGUACAAGCCUACUCGAGAAUGAAUUCUGGAGGUGUACACAGACACCACCACCUGAAGCAGCUCCAGCUAUCUAUUCCGUGCAGCUCUAGGGAACAGGCCAUGGCCAAAGGCUCGCAUGGCACAUUAGCAGACAAGUGAACCAGUGGGAAACGGAGUAGAUGUUCCCGACAUGAUUGAGAAAACACAUUUGUGCUCUUAACCCACGUGAGCCAGCCUGAGGCUACUGCCAGAAUAAAGGUGCUCCUUUGCAAGCAGAGACAUCAGGGUGAUCAAAGACAAGCAAUUUUAUAAAUCAAUCACGCUGUCUGAAAUGGUAAACGAAAUGGUCCCUGCCUCUUGGCUGACCGUUAGCCUUCACGGCUGGGCUGCUUCACGAUAGGAUUGUGUUGCUGGGAUUUGAUCAGCCUGUGGGCAGCAGAGUGUAGCCGGGCAUUUUCCUUACCCCUCCCACAAACACAUCUCAUUAGCAGCUUUGAGAUAGGUUUCUGAUGGGGCUGAAACUGUGUGUCCAAAGGCGUCAUCAGACCUCAUCUCUGCAAUGUACGCAGAUUUUGGGACCACGAUCUUGUUCUUUGCCACGACCAAGAUGGUGCCCGGCACAGCUUCUCAAAUUGCCAGCUCUGUCCACAGCGCAAAGAAGGUUGUCCAUCCCUGAGUGACCCUGCUUGCCUUUUAUACAUUCAGUGAAGAAAUCUGAGAUCCGUCUGUCCUCGACUCUUUCCCUGUGUAAGGUUUACAUAUUCCAGUUCCAAAACAAGCGCACACCAUUGGUCUCCUCCCUUACUGAGCCCGAGCCAGGCAGGAGGGGCAAAGGAAAGCAACUGGCUUUCUAACCUGCAACCCGUUAAAACUCCCGGCUUUCUUACAUGCCUCCCCUCUUAGGCGCUUUUGGAGUAAUGUAACUGAUUUAAUCACGAUCCGCCCCUGAACACGCGGCUCCUCCUCUCUUCCCUCAGCAAUGCACCACUACUCCACCCAGGGAAGUGCUGCUCAUUUCUUGCUUCAGACGUCAUGAGAAGCAACGACUGGUUAAAAGAGGGAGCCUUUGGCGACUGAGAAGGGGAAGCACAAAGACUGCAAGUUUCCCUACUUGUAAAGGCGGAUGGCUCGUUCGAUGUGCUGCAUCCGAAUCGGGGCAUCGUGGAUUCUGGAUGAAUAUCUCAAAAAGGCGGCAGGUUGCACCAGGCUGCCUCUUGCAGAACGCCACCCACAUGCCAAGUGUUCUAGCUUUCAUGCACACCAAGGGAGCAGUUGAUUGCAGCAGCGGCCGGAUCAGCCCUGGUUACUGAAGGCUGCUCCCCUGUCCCUUAGACUGGCUCAGAGUCCAGUGAAGGACCCACCAGAGAGGGGAACAAGCAGGUUCCCUCUCUGGCCUCCAUCCCGCCCUUUGCUCAUCCACCGCUGCUGCCUGCCUAGGUGAAGCUCAGAUUCAGGAAUCCGCCUCGGUGUGAGCAGAAUAAGCUUCCCAGUGUGCAGCAGGGGUGCCCUAGGCGCCAGCUCAGCUGAACCCACCCGGCUCAGUCCCAGAGUGGCUGCACCAGAGUGCUGUAGGCCGGCAGGUGUUGGAAGGCGUGGGAAUUUGUGGUAGCUGAGGCACAAGUCAAUAGGAAAGGAGUCUGAGAAGUGCAUGCUUGCGUGUGUGUGGGAAGCAGAAGGCUCCGCUGAUCCGUAAAAUGGGUAUGUUUUCUGGAAUGGCUCUGACAAGCUGAAUUCUUCGGUUCUGCAACGCAUGGCCUCUUUUGCAAUCUGUGUCUUCGCUUACUUCGUUCAGCUCUCUGCACUGCCCAUGUGCUGAGAUCUCUGCCUUGGAUUUAAUUGAUCUGUAAUCUUGACUCGCAUUCUUGAGUUAUUGGCUUUAACAUUCUCUUCCAUGGAUUUGCAGAUUACCUUUACAACUAGCUGCAACCUGCUUCCCCAUGCGCGUGGGUGCAUAUAAAAGUUUUAAGUGUGUCUGUGUUUAGAAUGUGUAUACACUUGUGUUAAACCAAGCUCUUGCUGCUGUGCUUGCCGCAACCACUGGUCCUCAGAACUCCAGUAUUAUGUGCGGAUGGUCUUUGCUCAGUGGCAGGUGACUCAAGUAUACACAUGUUUAAAAUAAAUAACUAAACUAUGCCAGAACUGUUCUGAGAUGACCAAAGCAUUUGCUGAAGAUUCCCAUCAUCACAACCAGAAGCUUUCAGGUUUGAUACUGCUAAUGACUGAGGAGAGCAUGGAGGGAGAUUCAUUUUCACUUUGAAUAAAACACACACUAGCAUUAAUAGCAGCUCACAGAAUCCACGGUGAUUGGUAACAGGCAUGCAACCCUGAGCAAUUUUCACCCAGUCUGCCUUUCCCACAGAGCACAUGUGAUCUGUGAGCCUUAAUUGCAUGGCACGGCAUAGCUUCCCUCUGCUGUACUGCAUAUAUAUAAAAAAGGAGUUUUACAAGCUGGUUACCCAGGUUUGUAUUCAAUGCUUUUGCAGCCUCAAAUUUAUGUUUUGCUCUUAUCUUUCAGAGGUAGCCGUGGAACUGUCAGUGUUUAAGUAAUUAAUAGACUAAAUAAAUUAAUAUACUAAACAGUUCAAUUUUACAUUAACGUAACACUGAGAAUAUGUUGGAUGAAUGUUUUUACUGCUAAAACAAAGGUUAUUUUCCUUAUUUUAUUCUGAUGGUCAGGGCGGGGGUAUGAGUUUUUAUAAUGCACUGCUGAAAGCAUUUCAGGGCACUGAUUGUAUUUUAUUUUUUCCCAAAGAGCCAUAAAUACAUAUAUAUGAGUUUUAUGAAUUAUGCUCAUUUUUCCCUCACAUGGCAAUAAGCUUGGUACUUUCUCCAGUUGUGUAACUUUAAUUUCCAAGUUCUGUUAAACAGGAAAGCAGUUUCUGUACAGAAGCUGGGUACUCCCCAGAGCCUGAACAUGGAAUUCAAAUGGAUCCUUGUAGCUCAUUAUGCCUAUCUACAAAUAAACCCCACGUUGGGACUUGGAUUUA